GCAUGCACCGGCGUGGGACCGCGUGGUUCGCGUCGAGCUCGCUACGAAGACCGUGUGCGACAGUGCAAUGCAUACAACAACAGCUCCGUGAAUUGCGUGUCCGUCGCUCGUUGUCCUCUUGCGCAGCGAGCUCCGCGCAGUGAACAGCCCAUUUUGGCCUCUCGCGACACAUGUGAGGUCAUCGACAAGGAUCGAGUCCAGUUCCCGUGUCUGCACCCCAGGAAAGUUUAUUAUAGGUCAUAUAGCUCACAAACCCCUCUUCCUCCUCGAGCUUCCCAUUUUUCCGAAUCAUCGUGUCACUUUCUCACAGGUGGCAUCUUCGCGACACAAGGUUCAGGCCAGUUAUCUGCAAUAUCGACCCUUUUCCCACUAUUAUCUCCACAGACCAUGUCACGCCCCAAGAGUAUGCCCGACUUCACAGCACUCAUGGACGCGUCAACGCCGCUAUUCGAGAAGCGCAUACAUAAUCGAAGGCAGACAUCACCCGAAAGGAAAGCGCAUCCAAGGAAGAAUCCCAGUAUCUCACUGGCUGCUGGAUUGAUCAUGAACGCCGAGACCCCGAAGAGUACGGGACCCCUAAGCUCGCCAACAAGGCAGAGUAGAGAACGGGUGGUAGAGGAAGGCCCGGAAGAGCAGGACGAUGGCGGAAUCAUGUUUUAUGCGUAUGCGCUGAGGAGCGACUACGCCAACGCACCACCGCACAUUCUUACGUUUGCCUCCGCCGCCAUCUGCUCGCAAUGGUGGGCCCUCGUCCAGCGGGAAUGCCCUGGCUCUGCACGCCCGAGUACGCAGCUCUUCGUUCUCAAGAGCGAAGAUAUAGACCACGUACAAGAUGACCCGAAGUUCUUCCACCUUCGGUACAAGUGGUUCUACACAUCGCAGGAUAGUCCCAGAACUAUGGCGUCUAUUAUACCGCUGCAGAAUGCGAAUGGCUACCCAGUCGCUCCGCCGCAACAGCCCAUCGAGCAAAAACCUGCGACGUUGGCCAUUGAUGGCCUGCUUGAGAAGCUGGAGAGACUAGCGAGUGUGGUCGAAACCAAUGCGGAGCAGAUUCACGCGCUCUCAGUCGCGCAGUCAGCCGGCUUACAAGCCAUGCAAGAGAUCAACGAGUCGAACAGCACUCAGAUCAAGGCUAUUGCCGACUCCCAGAUUAAGUUGCAAGCGCUCGUCGAUCAGAACGCAUCCCACUAUAUUGCCCUCUCGAACACAACAUUCCAAUCACAAGAGAGGAUCAAAGACAUCAUAAAGACAACCGCAACCCAAAUACAAGGCCUCUCAAAGAAUCAAGCAAAGCUCGCGAACACGUCGGACACCAUGAUGCGGGGCAUUGACAACCUGAGCACGUCCGUAUCGCAGAUGAGCUCGAACAUAGCCAUGUCCGACACGGCCAGUAACCAUUCUGCACCGUCUGCGGGUUCAUUCAGCUCCAUGGCCAACCGAAUAAGUCCUGCACCGAGAAAGCUGAAUCGAAGGGUCAAGGGCGUGUGGUAUGAAUAUGACACAUCUACGCCGACCGGAUCACCCAGGAGGAGCGUUAACUUUGUCGACACGCCGCCGAAAAGUCCCGUCACGAUGAAGAACGGUUGAAGGCAAGCGCUAUCGACUUCAUGGAGGAUGCAUCCUCCGCUAUUUAACAUAUUGAAACCGAGAAGCGCACCAACACCCGAUCAUCAGGAACCCAGAACCUGGCGUAAUAGCAACAUGUAAAGGUUCUGCGGCAGCACGAUGCGUCAAAAUCAGGAUGGACUUUGCUCUCACUAUGAGUGGCAAAGGGGGCGUUAAAAACGUGCAACAGAGCGGUGAGGACUCCGCCCGUGAUCUUGAUCGGUCAUACAAUAGGCGCUGUCAUUGGUGUAGAAACAGCCAGGCCAGGAGCUUGGUCACUUGGCCAAAUGCGAACAGUAGAAGGCCAAUACUGAAUAAAAGAGGGGUAUGAAUGGUACGAGUUUGAUUGCGAGGCGAACGGUUGCGAAGACGAGGGGGUAAGGGUGAAGACUAGUGUUAUUACUUAUGCAACAGUUGAAGAUAAUAGAGCUUAAGCAGGUUUCCAAGAAAAAUUC